AUGCAAACUAGGUCUAAAUCUGGCUUUCAUAAUCCUCGGAUACAUCCAUCCCUGUUCUUAGCUCACAGUGAACCUAAAACUGUUAAGCAAGCUCUUGCUGAUCCUAACUGGUUCUCUGCUAUGCAACAAGAGUACAAUGCCUUAAUGCUCAAUCAUACUUGGGAUUUAGUUUCUCUGCCAUCUGAUCGCAAAGCAGUUGGAUGUAAAUGGGUUUUCAGAGUCAAGGAAAAUGCUGAUGGCUCUAUAGAUAAGCUCAAAGCUCGGCUAGUUGCAAAGGGUUUUCAUCAAGUGCAUGGUUUUGAUUUUCAUGAGACUUUCUCCCCUGUUAUUAAACCUAUAACUAUUCGCAUUAUUCUUACUCUUGCUCUCACCAAUAAUUGGAAUCUAUUUCAGCUUGAUGUAAAUAAUGCUUUUCUGAAUGGCACUUUGGAAGAAACUAUUUACAUGGUGCAGCCUCCUGGAUUUGAAGCUGGGGAUAAGAGUCUGGUUUGCAAGCUAAACAAGGCUCUCUAUGGCUUGAAACAAGCUCCUCGUCCGGGGGUUUGCAAAAUGCUUGAAACAAGCUCCUCGUCAAUGGUUUAA